UCUGGUUGCAAGAAGGCUGUGGGACAUUAACAAGGCAUCUGCCAGUUACACCCACACUAGAAGUGAUUCAUUUCAAAGCAGACGGCUGAUAUUGCGACUGUUCCAGGAUAGAGCUGCCUAUCUGUGAGGACACAGCUUAUUAUUAUUAUAAUAUACAGAAGCUCUGGGACUUGUUGGGAACAUUUAAAACAUACCAACAGGGAUCGAAGUCAAAAAGAAGUAAACAUGUCAGCGAUUUCAGUCGAAGAGUGGAUAAAAGCUCUGACUGACAUCCUCGCACUGCUGGAACACAAAGAAUACAAUAAGUUCUUGGAUUUUAUUCGGGAAAUCUCCAAAGGAGAUUUCCCGAAUAGAUUUCCAACAAGGAAAUCAGAGCUGCCCAAAAAUAUCAUUAAGUAUUAUGGAGUGAAUGAAUCUAUCCAGAAAAUCAAAGAUGCAAUGGAUCAGAUACCGAGGAAGGAUGAUGAAGUCCAGAACCUGCUGCACCCCUUUGUGGCCAAACUGGAGAAUACAGAUGAACCGAGGAGCUCUGAGCCUCAACAGGAGAGAGAAAGCCACUUAUGGGACAUCCAUGCUGUGCUGAGAGAGCUGACUGCCUCAUUGGCUGAACAGAAAGUGAAGAUUGCAAACCUGGAAAAAGAGAAUCAAGAGCAGGCAGCAAACCUGAAAGAAGUGGCGAGACAGAAGACUGAGAUCGACCAGCUGAAGCUGCAGUCCAAAGAGCAGGUAGCAAAGCUGGAGAGUCAGAAGACUGAAUCGGAGAGUCAGAAGACUGAGAUCAACAAGCUGAAGCAGCAGCUACAAGUCAAACAGGUGGCUUUCUCAGCCUCUCUGCUGGAUAAAGGUGAUGGAGAUACUGGACCUUCUAACACAGAGAUUAUUCUGAUCUUCAAACAUGUUGUCACAAACAUUGGAAAUGCCUACAAUCCACACACAGGUAUUUUCACUGCACCAGUGAGAGGAGUCUACCACUUUGAGUGGCACCUACAUGGACAUGGAAACGUUCCUACAGGUGCUGUGUUGUUUAGGAAUGGACAGCACAUUUUUAUUGCAUAUGAACAUCUAACAUCUGGUGCUAUGAGUGCCUCUAAUGGAGCGUCAAUGCGUCUAGAGGUUGGAGAUCAGGUGUCUGUGCGUCUGUGGGCUGGUGCAAGGAUACAUGACAGUCACAACCAUCAUAACACCUUCAGCGGUCAUCUGAUUUUCACCAUUUGAGAGGUGUGACAACUCCAAAACUUCCUGUUUAGACUGUCUUGUGUGGGUGGAGCUUAGCCAUUUUUAGAAGUAAAACAUAAAGUAAAUCACCUGCUGGAAUCAGUUUCUUGCUCUCUCUCUUUCUGGUUGGGUUUUUGUUUUGUUUUUAUUUGUUUCUACUUCUCCUCUGAUUCUACUGACUCCGAUAAUCGACGACUUCUUGUUAUCUGUGAUUUAAAUAAAUCCAGUUCAGUGCUCA